ACGCCCUGCUCAUCCAACGUAUUUCCAAUGACAUGACCACAGCGGUCGACCGAGCAGAAAGACAGCUCAACUUUGUGGAAAUGGAGGACGAGAGAUUAAAAGACCUGAGACCAGCAGGGGAACUGAUGGAAGUCAAAGUGGAUGUGCAAUCUGAAGAUCUGAAUUCCACCCACAGAGACACGCGGCCUCUGAUGCAUGACAGGGAUCCCAAAAGAGUCAACAAGAGUCUUAAGGUCACGUUUGAGGAUGUGAUUGCAGAGCCUCCCUCCGUGCGGAGCUUUGAUAAAGUGUGGCUGUGGAGUCACGCCCUGUUUGAAGUGUCCAGAUUGUGGUGCUACCGUCUCAUCUCCCUCCUACUGGCUGUGCCGGUAUCACUGGUAGCAGGGAUUCUCUUUGCUGUGCUCAGCUGCCUUCACAUUUGGUUAAUCAUGCCCAGUGUGCAGCUCCUUCUUAUCAACAUGCACUGGGUCCGGACCGUGUGGGGCAGCAUACUGAACAUUCUCAUCAGCCCCUUCUUCACCAGUAUUGGAAAGUGCUGUGGUCAGAUCACCAUCCAUCUAGCAAAAGAUGAAGGCAGAUAGAAAAACACACUGUGUAUAAAUGUUUGGUUAAAACAGUGGGUACAGAGAAAAAGCAAGUGGUAACAUAUGACAUACUAACUAU